AUGAUGUCGUCCAUCAUCCGCAAACUCCAGGGCGGCAACCUGGAAGUCUUCAAGUUCGGCAUGUACAUUCUCUUCCCAAUCGGCUGGAUGUACUACUUCGGUACGAACCUCGACGACCGCUUCAAAGUGAAGGGCUUCUGGCCCACCGAAGAGCAAUCGCACAAAAUCCCGCUCGACAAGGAGGAAAUCGAUAAGGAGCUGGCCCGCAUGCGCAUGGCGGAUAAUAUGCGGCGGGAGCGCGAGGCGGCGCAAGCUCAAGCCCAGGCCCAGGUUCAGGCUCAGGCGAACAGUGAGCAAUGA